AACUUUCCCAACCUCGGCUUCGGCCUAUGAGAGUCGGGCCCGGACAAGCCACAGCCCGGCUGGGCUGGGCUGGCUGGCCCAUUUUACCUGCAUUUCCUUGCAUAUAUACAAAACAUGGCGGAACCUGAGUUACUCCGAUUAGGGUUUUCAUUCUGUAUUCGAUCCAACUCUUAGUCGAUAUUCAGCCGCGAAAAUGCCGUCGCACAAGACAUUCAGAAUCAAGAAGAAGCUGGCGAAGAAGAUGAGGCAGAACCGCCCCAUCCCUCACUGGAUUCGCAUGAGAACCGACAACACCAUCAGGUAUAACGCAAAGCGCAGGCACUGGCGUCGCACGAAACUCGGGUUCUAAAGUAGUUGAGAACUUCUUAGCUCAAUUUUCUUUAUUUUGUUUUGAAUUAGGAAUUUAUUUCCGAACGUAUUGAAUGAUACGGCAUUGAUGUUAUGUGUUUCUUUUAAAAACAAUUAUCUUGAACUCCUGAGAGUCCAUAUAUAGAACUGGCUUUCUUUUUCUGA